CAGCGCCCAACUCGGUGGUGUCAAAAAUCGAAACUCCAAAACGACGAAGACACGAAGUUCUCCAUCAAACAAAUUCACAUUCCCAAUCUAAUGGCCGAUCCACGAUUGAAACAAAUUCGUAUUAAAACUGGCGUGGUAAAUCGUAUUGCCAAAGAAAAGCAGUCGUACGAAAAGGAAACAGAAACAGAGAAAAAUAGGCUGUUAAAAUUCAAGGAAAAUGGGGGGGAUAGCCAUGUCCUUAAAAAGCAAGAGGAAGUAAUACAAGAAUCAGCCAUGAUGAUUACUGACUGUCAAAAACGUCUGACAGCAGCAUAUGCAGAUCUUAAAGCUAUUCUUGAAAACGAGAAAGACCUUUCACAAACUGAGGAAUUCCAGAAUGCUUCUAAGGCUCUUGAAUUAGCUCUACCACACUUCUAAACUUUGUGUGGAUUAAGCUACUAGGUGCACUAUUUCUUAAGUCGCACCCAUCAUUUAUCAAAAAUUUCUACACCAAUUAAUCUGUGUGAUCGUCUUGCUUCUUAAAAAAAUUAAGCGAAAGUAUACAAUGGCAGAGUGGAAUUACAACAACAUGAACCAUCUUA